CAGACUCAUCGAGAAACCUUCUGACGCUGUUCUGGAAAAAGCUGUCUUGCUAGCCAUUUCUAAUUCGGGCCUUUCUGGUGGAUGCAUUGUUUACGUGUAUUACUACUAAUUGCUCCACCUGGUCCCGCGUCGAUCUAUUCGCGGUUCGAUCAACAAUACUACUUCUAGUAAUUUCUCUAUCUAUAUCAAUAGCCAAGGAGGUCCGAACUCACGGCGUCUCAAUCUUACAUUGGAUGCAUUAGAUGCAUCAGGCUCUGUUCUACCGUGGCAUCACUAUGCAUUGUGCGACAUAACGUAAUUUUACACCAUGUCAGGCGGCUAUGCCUCCCGGUUCGUGGAUGUGUCCACCGCACUCUCUACGCAGGGCAAAGUAAGUGUCAUUGGCGUCGUAGUCGACGUCUUCGGCGGAAUAUGGAAGUCUAGAGGCUCGUCCAGCUGUAUUACCUUCACCAUCAAGGACUCAGGUCUUGACAACGGACAUACAUGGGACGGGUUGAAAAUCAAAUAUUUCAAAGACAAUGAGAGCCAUUUACCUCCCGUCCAACUACGCGACGUGAUCCUGAUACGAGAUCUGUGGAUAAGGAACUUCAAAGGAGACCCGUUGGGAGUCGCUGCCCAGGACAGAGAAGUACCAUGGGCAAUCUUUCGCCUGGACCCGGAUCCCACGUCUAGCCCUGCGCCCCUUUGUGGCCCUACGCACUUUGAGCCAUCUCCUUCAGAGAAGAUACAUGCUUUGAAUUUGUUGAAUAGCCUCACUGCAGUCGAUGGUUUUCGCAAAGCUCCAGCACAAGAUACUCCACGUGGCUCCUAUAUUGUCCAAGCUGCAAUUCCAAAUUCCAAACCUUACCCGCACAAGAGGCUCUCUCUUGUCAAGGAUAUUGUAGAGCGAAAUUAUGUUGACCUCGUGGGGCAAAUUGUCAAGGUAUAUACCAACGACAGUGAAAAGGUCGUCCUCUAUUUCACCGAUUACACGGCCAACGAUGGUCUCGAAGACCGCCAAAUAAACGAUGCCGGUGACAAUGACUUUGGCACUGAAGGAGAUAUCUACGGUUACCAAAAACGACCCAAGAAGAAAUGGACAGGACCAGUUGGACGGAUGACCCUCACAAUCACACUCUGGGAACCCCAUGCAUCCUAUGCGCGCCAACAUCUGAAGGAUAACGAUCUCAUCCAGCUAUACAACGUGCAUGUCAAGCGCAGUCGCAUCAAUGGGAUAUUAGAAGCCAGUAUCCACACAAACCGCACGAAUCCAAAUUCAGUCAAUGUACACACCCUGGAUCGUCGCAAAGACACGUUUGUCGAACAAUUUCUGCAGCGUAAGACGGAAUACUGGAAAGCGAAUCCUCGGAAGCGGGAACUCGAAAACGAAGGCCAGCAGGUUUCGAAGAAAAGCACCAAGAAACAGCGAAAGAAAGCCGAAAAGGUGGAAGAAGGCCAAGUUCCCAUAACAGCAGCAAGCAGCAAGCGAUAUGCGCCAAAUGAAAACAUCAUAGCAGGCAGCCCGUCCGUCCCUACAAUGUCCCUGGAAGCGAUCCUUUCCAACAAACUUCAUGACAACAUCUCAUAUGACAACAUACAGUACCGCUUCCCCUUUCAAGACUUCUGCUACCGAACCACAGUCCGCGUGGUCGAUUUCUUCCCCCCACGACUGGAAGACUUCUCCGUCCCCGAAGACUCCUCGGGUGAGGGUACCUCUCAGAGAGAUCCCGAUCGUUUCAUUAGAUGGGAAUGGCGCUUCUGUCUGCUCGUGGAGAGCGUCCCUCCUCCACCCGCAGGUCAAGCGAAAGAACAGAUGAGGUUGUUUGUAGCUGGCCCAAAUGCAGAGUAUCUAUUAGGGCUGACUGCAGUUGAUCUGAGACAAAACCAAACCGAUCUGAAAGAACUCCGAGAAAAGCUCUUCAUCUUAUGGGGCGACCUCGAGGAGCGCAAAAGAGCGGCCCUACACGAUGGCAAACAGGACCUCGGCCCAGUUUCAUGCAGGCCUUUCAAUUGCUGCAUUCAAGAGUAUGGUGUUCUUUGCAGACAUCGUCCUGAUACUGAGAACACCAACACUAAUAAUGAAGAUGAUGAGAAUGGCUGUAGCCAUGAUGACUGCUUUGGAUGGGAGAGGCGCUUUUCUAUGUUCCUUACUACUAUUUCCUAAUACAUUGUUGCAAAACGGCUUCUGGGAAUAUGUGAUGUUGUCUGCUUUUGUAUACAUAGGGGAUUUUGUUUUGCUUUUGGCGCCAUGGUCAUCGGAGGACUCGAGUCUUGGGGACACUUGUAUACAAAUUUGAAAGAUUUCUGCUCCCGACCAUGCGGUGAUGCACAGCAACAGUAUACACUGAAUGAUUAUAAGAAAUCAGAGUCUGAAGAUG